UCGAAAGCUUUUUAAUUAUGUUACAUGUUAAUAAUUCAUAUUUGUAAGGCUCUCGUAGAGAAUAAAAAUCAAAGGAAAUAUAAUAACAUCGACCAUAAAUCAUAGUACAAAUUUUAAUUAACUAAGAUAACAUCCUAAAAAUACUAUGAAGAUGAAUGUUGUGAUAAACUUACUUUAUUUGGUUACUUCUCUUACGAUUAUUGAUACAAUUACAAUCCAAGAUUUGAAUAUUCCUCCAGAACAUGUGCCAUACGUUUUUACUAACUUUCCUAGUUUAGCUGAAGCAUGUAAAAAUGAUCCAAGUUGCUCCUAUAAGUCGGCUCUUAUUGGAAAUGUUUGUUGGGGAUAUGAAAACGAUUGUAAUAAAACCAAUUCCUACCACGUUAGACCUCGAUGUCCUGGUGAUCAUAAAGGAUGGGUUAAAACUAAGGCUGCUCAAUAUGAUACUUUCUUUACACAAGCAGAUUUCGGGUAUGUAAAAGAACAAAUAAGUGAUCUGAUGGUCAUGUGCGAGGCUACUUACCCCCACGACACUUCUCUGGAAUGCUCCAAGUAUUUAAGGUUUUGUAGGGGCCGCAAGCUCAUGUUAAACUUUACUAGCCUGGUAGGACGUGGAAAUAACUUGAGGUACAAAAUGGACAUUCUAGGACCUGGACAAAUAGGUGGAUACUGCAAUUUUUAUUCUGAAAGGCUACAAAAGGAGGCAGAACAUAUGAGUGCCCUGCAGUCUUGGGCUCCAGAGUUUGUGAACUUCAAGGCCACAACACAGAGGCCUAUUACAGAUGGGCUCUGUGAUGUUAUUAUAGACAAGCCAACAUACAUUAUGAAAUUGGAUGCAACUGUAAAUAUGUAUCAUCACUUCUGUGAUUUCUUUAACCUGUAUGCCUCACUGCAUGUAAAUUCUACACAUCCAUCAAUGUUUUCAAGAGAUAACCAUGUGCUGAUCUGGGAAACUUUCAACUAUGACUCUGCAUUCAAAGAUGCAUUUAAAGCAUUUACAAUUAAUCCUAUUUGGGAUCUAAAGGAAUUUCGUGGAAAAGUUGUUUGCUUUAAAAAUGUUGUGUUUCCGUUGUUACCACGCAUGAUAUUUGGGCUUUACUACAAUACUCCAUUAAUUUAUGGCUGUGAGAGGAGUGGUUUGUUUCAUGCUUUUGCGAAACAUAUCCUUCAUUCGUUAAAUGUUAAACUGCAAAUCAGGAAAAAUGACAAGAUAAGAGUUACUUUACUGUCGAGAGGGACAAAGUAUCGCGUGAUUCAAAAUGAGAAAGAAAUAGUAGACGCACUAUCGGCGAACCCGGAGUAUGAAGUGCAGCGUGUUGUCUAUGACAGGAGUGUACCGUUCACCAAACAGCUGGAGAUCACGCACAACACCGAUAUAUUUAUUGGCAUGCAUGGGGCUGGCCUAACACACUUGCUAUUUCUGCCGGACUGGGCUGCUGUUUUUGAAGUUUAUAACUGCGAAGAUCCCAACUGCUAUCAGGAUUUAUCGAGGCUGCGUGGAUUAAAAUAUGUUACUUGGGAGGUUAAAACUAAGCUAACACAGGAGGACGAGGGUCACGGUCCGGGGGGAGUGUCGCACGCCAAGUUCACGAACUACUGGUUCGACGUGGCGGAGUUCGCGCGGCUGGUGGCGGUGUGCGCCGACCACGUGCGCCGACGGACAGACUUCCGGGACUACGUCGACGCGUCGCUGUUGAGCCGCGCCCAUGAGGAAUUGUAAAAUCUGAAGCAUCAGUCUCGAAAUCGUCUAGUACGCGCGCCGCUCGGUUUUCGAAGCCUGUCCGCGCUGCCGCCGUUCCCGCUCCGCUGUACGCUGAAUUCGAGACUGAAAUCUAAGGAGCAUUUUACGUAAACAGUACUCGAAGACAUUUAAUGAAGAUUUUGAUGUAGUGUAAUACACUAUGGGGUGUCUGUCAAAAUCUUUACUUAUGACAUAAAAUCAAUUCUUCAAAAUGUAUGCACAAUUUCUGUAGAACUAUUUGUGAAAUGAAAGUUAGGCAACCAUUAAAUAGCGUCUGAGUGCGGUCGAUAGAUCCGCGUUCAGCAGUCUUACUCCCGAAACCACUGACCUCUAUGCUACACUGGACAGGCUACGCUGUACAAAAUGACAGCUAUUUUUUGUGCCGAUUUGAAGCGCCGCGGUGAGCGUACUGUGAACUAAUUACAUAGAAAAUUACAACCGCCAUUUGCGAAAUAAUAGUUCCAAGUACUGCUUUUACAUAGCAAUCAGCGCCAAUAUGGCUACUUUCGAAUAGGAACAUUUUAUUGAUAGCGAUCGCCUGUCCAGUG